AUGAUGCUGCUGCUGGAGGCCCUGCAGCUGGUGGAGGCCCUGCUGCGGCAGCUGCCGGAGGCCCCACAGCUGGUGGUGUUGCUGCUGCCGGAGGCCCUGCUGCGGCAGCUGAUGGAGGCCCUGCAGCUGGUGGUGUUGCUGCUGCUGGUGGUGCUUCUGCUGGUGGAGGCCCUACUGCGGCUGCUGAUGGUGCUGGUGCUUGCGGAGGCCCUGCUGCUUGUGGUGCUUAUGCUGGUGGAGGCCCUGCUGCUGCUGGUUUUGCUCAAGCUGCUGGUGAUGUUGUAUCAACUGCAUAAUGCCUACUUUAGCAUUUUGCCUGUUGUUCAUCUCCAUUACACUGAGGAGUGGAACAAUACUGAGGGCGAAGUGGUAGCACUCAUCAGUUGCUCCUUCUGGCAUGGUGUGGGGUCCGUUUCAAUGGGCUACGCGACCGGCCUCUUGAUGUGGAAGGUUCAGCAGCAGAAGCAGCAGCAGUGGAAGGGGUGGACUGUCUUGAAGGACCUGCUGCCUCAUCUGGUCCAGACAGGCUCAAAGGAGUCGGAGGUUGGUCCUCCUCUGUGUUCAUCUGGCAUGCAGAGUCCAAGCUACUUCUUGAGCUGUUUUUGGCCUCCGGUUGUCAGUCUGGCUUUCAGCUACCGUCUUGGCCAGACUACGGUCAGAAACUCUGUCCAUGUGGUGUGUGCUGCUAUUGAGAAAGUUAUGAUCGGCCAAUAUCUGCCACCCCCAACUGAAGAAAUGUGGAAGACCGUUGCACAAGGCUUCUUGGAGAAAUGGAAUUUCCCUAACUGUUUGGGGGCAUUGGAUGGGAAACAUAUACACAUUCAAGCUCCACCACGCUCUGGAAGCCAGUAUUUCAACUAUAAAAAGACCUUCUCCAUUGUGCUGCUGGCUCUGGUGGAUGCAGACUACAGAUUUCGGGUGAUCCAGGUGGGGGACUUUGGAAGAAGCAGUGAUGGAGCUGUCUACGCUUGCUCAGCACUGGGGAUUGGAAUGGAGAGAAGAACGCUUCAUGUGCCUCCCCAUGCCCCCCUGCCUGGUGCUGCUGAUGCUACCCCUGUGCCCCAUGUCAUGGUGGGGGAUGCAGCUUUUCCACUGAAGCCGUACCUGAUGAGGCCAUACCCCGGGCAUAAUCUGACUCACAGGAAAAGAAUCUUCAACUACAGGCUGUCAAGAGCACGUAUGGUAGUUGAGAAUGCAUUUGGCAUUCUUGCCUCUAGAAGGAGGAUCUUUUACAGGCAAAUACACCUCCAUCCUGACAAGGUGGACAGUGUUGUUCUUGCUGCAUGCAUUUUGCACAACUUCUUGAUUGCACCAAGUGAGAACCAAGCAAUCUUGGAUGAAGCUAACCAACAGACCACACACAUGGUGCCAGUGAGAGACAUGGGUCCAAAUCGGGCAUCUAGAGAGGCCUGCAACAUCAGGGAGAUCUUUUGUGACUUUUUCAUCUCUCCUGAGGGCAGUGUGACUUGGCAGGACAGAAUGGUGUGAAAUGGGAAAUAAGUCCUGCAGCUGAAACAAUGUUGAGACACUGUGCAAUCUAAAUGUGUGCAUCUUAUUUUUUUUUACAAGUUCUCAACUGUGUCGUGAUUUUUAUAACUGUUUAACCACAGAUAAAUGUGUGCAUGUUUCCUAAAUAAAAGUAUUAUUUGACUUUGUCAUUCUUUCUUUAUUCUUAUAAUAAGCCAAAGGGAUUAAAUAAGUGGGAUACUCGAGGAAAGGGUUUUAGUUGUUUUUUUCAGAAGAGGGAAGUUUACACCUUUGUGAACAGUAGCAUGAGAUUAGCACUGUUUGCAUUUAAAGCACACUACAGGGUGCAUUAAAUU